UUGACAAGCAAACAAAAGAAAUAAAGACGAGUGACGAAAUGCGAAGCUGAAAACCUGCGAAGACGAAAACAUGAAACAUUCUCACGCCGAGACAUCUCUUGUGCAAUAAAAUACAGUAACUGUUGUAAAUGUAAAAAAAAUCAGCAGUAAGAGUUUCAAUAAACGACAAUAUUUACAUAAUAAAGGAUGGCGUUACGAUUGUUAUUAAAUUGCCGGGAGCUUCCUGCUCUUCUGGGAUCGAGUUCGAGAAGCUUUUGCCAACGGCAACUGUUGGCACCAUCCCGAUUUGCUGGCAGAACAAACAUCCUUCGAUACAGUCGUCAAUCAAGAAACACCAGAGCGGAGUCCUUCGCUCCAAAACAGACCAUCGUUCCUACGGAAAUCCAGGGUAUCGCCAUCGAAUCGGGCUACAUCGAUCCCUCCAAACUGUGGCGGUCGUUUGUCUUCACAGUGGCGUUCAGUGCGGGCAGCUUUAUCGGGGUCACAAUAUGGGAGUAUGAAACAGUUCGCUCUCGGGCCAUGGAUGCCCUGCGGGCCAAAUUGAACUUGAACUGGUUCCGCGAGCGGAUAAAGGCAAAUCGCCGGGAGAUGGAACAGUGGCGGAAAGAUGUUACCGGCUGGUGGAGUAGAUUGACUCCGGGUGAGCGGGUGUUUGCCCCGAUAUGUGCGUUGAACGUGCUGGUGUUUGGAAUGUGGAGGAUACCGCAGCUGCAACCGAUGAUGUUGCGAUUUUUCGCUUCGAACCCAGCGGCAAAAGCCGUUUGCUGGCCUAUGUUCCUGUCGACAUUCAGUCAUUAUUCGCUGUUCCACAUAGCUGCCAACAUGUACGUGCUGCACAGUUUCUGUCACGCAGCGGUCGCAACGUUGGGUCGAGAACAGUUUUUGGGGCUGUACCUGAGUGCUGGAGUGAUUGCUUCGUUUGCUAGCCAUCUGUUCAAAACGGUGGUGCGUCAGCCGGGAAUGUCGUUGGGAGCUUCUGGUGCGAUAAUGGGCAUUUUGGCCUACGUUUGCACCCAAUAUCCGGACACUCAGCUCAGCAUCGUGUUUCUUCCGAUGUUGACCUUUUCUGCGGGGGCUGCAAUCAAAGUGAUAAUGGGAAUCGACAUGGCAGGAGUCCUACUUGGGUGGAAGCUGUUUGACCAUGCGGCUCAUUUGGGCGGGGCGCUCUUUGGGUUAUUCUGGGCGUACUAUGGCAGUCAAAAGGUUUGGCCCCUGAGGGAGCACUUUGUUGGACACUGGCAUGAGUGGAGAGGUCCUCCGAAAAAAUAAUGCGUCGUAGUACGAUAACUUAUUAUGUUAGGCAUGGCUUAUGUUUUAUCAGUUUCUAACGUUGAGAAGUGGCAACAAUAAAUUUUGUUUGGUUUCUCGAA